UUUUGUUUGUGUGGUUUCCUGUGGUGUUUAGACUCCAGUGGCUGUAUUGGCAACAACAAGGAACAGAGAUGAUUGAGCCGGGCCUCGCUGACGGCAGCCCAAUUGACGAGAUGAUGCAGCUGACGGCUCAGAGUCUUAAUCACUUGGAGAUCCAGGAACACUUCAACAUCGUCAAGGAGAUCGGUCGAGGGAAAUAUGCCAAAGUGUUGCUGGUGACACAUCGUUUCAGGGGGACUCCCAUGGCCUUGAAAGUGAUGCCCAAAGCCUCGACUAAGCUGCAGGGCUUUCUGCGAGAGUACUGCAUCUCCUUACACCUGUCCUGCCACCCCUGCAUUGUGGGCCUCUUUGGCAUUGCCUUCCAAUCUAAUGAGCACUACUGCUUUGCCCAGGAGCUUAUCAUUGGGAAGGACCUGUUUGCUGUCAUCCAACCAAAGGUGGGUAUCCCAGAAUCUUCGGUAAAACGUUGUGUCCUCCAGAUCUCCAGUGCUUUGGAGUUCAUCCAUAGCAAUGGUCUGGUCCACCGUGAUGUCAAGCCUGAAAACAUCCUCUUGUUGGACACACACUGCAGACAGGUCAAGCUAGCAGACUUUGGUCUGGCCCAGAAGAGAGGCACCCUGAUCCGGUUCAUCACAGGCACCCUGCCCUACAUGGCUCCAGAGCUUUGUACUGUGGCCCUGCUGGAGGGCCAAACAGAAGUGACCGCUCCUCCACUUAGGGUGGAGCCAAGCCUGGACACCUGGGCCUUUGGGGUGGUUAUCUUCUGCAUCCUCACGGGCUUCUUCCCCUGGGAUCGUUGCAUGGAUUCGGACAGCUUCUACCAGGAGUUUGCUGAGUGGUGCACGAUGAAGGAGCGACCUGACACAGAGGAGGACAUUCCUCCUCUGUGGAAAAAGUUCACCCCAGAAGCCAUGGAGAUGUUCGCUAAGCUCCUGGCUAUGGAUGCUGAGAAGAGGUGUUCAGUGGGGGAGGUGGGAGCAUAUGUGGAGAAGGAUUGGCUUAAGAAAGAGCAUGUGAACGAGCAGCAGCAGACAGCAGAAAAAGAAAAAGCCAGUGCCUCCAGGAAUAACCCUGGGCACAGUGGAGAAACAGCCUAAUACUUAGUGCAUACACACUGCAUUCAUGUGUAUAAUCCACAG